AUGGAACGGCAGUAUCUCAAUCUACAAAUUCCACCACCGGACACUGCGUUCGGGCUAAUGGCCGACUUUGAGGCAGACCCUCACCCGCACAAAGUAUCUCUCGUUGCCGGUGCAUAUCGCGAUGAAAAUGGAAAACCAUGGGUCCUGCCCAGCGUACGAAAGGCAAAAGUCCAGCUUAGCGAAGCCUCGCACGAAUACCUAGGGAUAGAAGGGUCACCCAGGUUCCUCAGCCUAGCAAAACAUCUCAUCUUCGGACCUCUGACCUCCAGACUGACUACCAAUUUUGCCUCAAUCCAAACAGUCUCCGGCACAGGGGCAAACCAUCUUGCCGCUGCAUUCCUGGCCCGCUACCUGCAGCCAAAGCGCGUAUUUAUCCCUUCCCCCACAUGGAUCAAUCACCGCUCCAUUUGGGAGAUGGCUGGUGUAGAGGUUACCGAGUAUCCAUACUACUCCCCUGCCACAAAGGAGGUUGACAUGGAGGGCAUGCUAGCUGCCCUAAGUCGCGCCGAGCGAAACGACGUCAUCGUCUUGCAGGCCUGUGCACAUAAUCCUACUGGAGUGGACUUGACAAAGUCCCAGUGGGUACAGGUCGCAGAUUUAAUGUGCGAAAAGAGAUUGUUUACCGUUUUCGACAGCGCCUAUCAGGGCUUCGCGACUGGGGACGUCGACGAGGAUGCAUGGGCGGUUCGCCAGUUCACAGAGAUGGUCUUGGAUUCCAACACCUAUCCCGGUCUUUGUGUAGCUCAGUCGUUUUCGAAGAACUUUGGAUUGUAUGGUGAGCGUGUUGGCGCGUUGCAUCUAGUUGUUCCGCUGCAUCUGUCGGCGCAGGGAGCGCGUGGUGAACUUAUGGCCAUUGCACGCGUGGAAUACUCAAACCCGCCGCGGUUUGGGCCGAGUAUUGUUGAGACUGUCCUUGGGGGUCCAGAACUACGAGCUCAGUGGGAAGCGGAUUUGGAUACCAUGAGCUCGCGCAUUCGCAGGAUGAGACGGGAAUUGAGGCAAAGGUUGGAGAAGGAGACGGGGAAGGAUUGGUCGUAUGUUGAGAGGCAGAUUGGUAUGUUUAGUUAUACUGGCCUGGGCAAAGACCAUGUUGCGAGACUGAGAGACGAGUUCCAUGUCUAUCUGUUGCCGUCUGGGCGGCUCAGUGUCUGUGGGUUGAAUGAUGGGAAUGUGCAGUACGUCGCGCACGCUAUUAGCCAAGUCAUGAAGGAUUAA